AUGAUGAAGAAACAAUUGGUGAUUGUAGUUACGUUAAUUGUUAUUUUCGUAGUUUUCUUGGAAGCUACGCAAGUUGAAGCCAUGAGACCUUUCCCUGAGACCGUCGAUGAGAUUAGGCUUAUGUUUCAGGCACUGCAAAGAGGUCCGGUCGGUGGUUCGGGUCGGAACGGUUGCACCAAUAUACCUCGUGGUUCAGGCCGGUGCCGCAACGGCUGA